AUGGCAAUCCACCUUGUAUCUAGCGGUGUGAGAAUUGAUGCUUGGUUCUCCUUAUCACUUUCUACCAGUUUGAGAUCUGUUCAGGGGAUAAGUUCAGUUGAUGGGAAUCAAGAAAGAACAGGCAGAGUAAUCUAUGCAUCAUUAAGGCUAAUCCAGCAAUGGGCCGUUCUGAGUCUUCAAGUCCCCAUUCUGGGGAGCGAGUACAUUGCAAUAUCUGUCAUACAAGAGAACAAUGCUGAAGCCCUCCACCAGGUCAAACUAUCCGGAUCGUCAGAAGAUACCGUUCAUUUCUCCGCUAAAGCAGGAGCAUUCGUAGCACAAUGCUUCUACCCAAGCUUAGACCAAUUCCUCAAGCUUUCCAUAGUAGGAGGAUGUGAUACGAGAAUGAUGACUGGGUCAGGAAAAUUUGUUUCGUUGAAUGGAAAAGUGAGGUUCCAUGUCAUUAAUACUAUCAAGGAUUUUGACUGGGUGAAGGUGAACAAGUACGCUGAGGAAUGA